UACGUGCCCGAAAAAUGUAAUAUGGCGAUGGUCGCGUCAAACAUGAGCGGCCACAUACAAAAGCAGCUCACCAGAAGCCUUGAGAGGAUCCUGGAGGAAGCACACUUGAGCGGCGAGCUGAAGCUCAGCGGUCGGAAGCUUAAGGACUUUCCGAAAGUCGGGAAAACUGGCUCUAGCAAGUACAACCUCCAGGAUACGGUUUUUGCCGAUCUCUCGAAGAACCGUUUCGCCGAGUUACCGGAAGAGGUCACGGAGUUUCCGUUUCUCGAAAAGCUGCAUUUGUACCACAAUGCCAUAAGAAUAAUACCGGAAACUGUGGCGAUGCUCCAGUCCCUCAACUACCUCGAUCUUAGCCGGAACCAAUUGACGUCUCUACCUCGGGAGAUAUGCAGGCUACCGCUUCAAACGUUACUGGUCGCUCACAAUAGAUUAGCAUCGCUGCCGGACGAAUUGGGCAGAAUGUCGGCGCUGGCCGAGCUCGAUGCUGGUUGCAACGAAAUCACGAAUCUGCCUCCCAGGAUGGGCGAUCUCGCGCGUCUUAGGUCCUUGGACUUGAGGAGCAACAUGCUCGUGCACCUGCCUAUAGAACUGACGUACCUGAGACUCGUGAAGCUGGAUAUCAGCGGCAACCGAAUAUCCGUGCUUCCGAACGAGAUGAGGAAAAUGAAGAGCCUGGUCGACUUUCGGCUGUCCGACAAUCCUUUAACCUCGCCGCCUGCCUCGCUAUGCAUUCGCGGGCGAACGCACAUCUUCAAAUAUUUGGAGAGACAGGCGGCGAAACACGAUAGAGCCAGAGGCGGUCGCGGUCGGAGAACACCUCUGGAUGUCAGGGGUCACGCGACCCUGGACACGAGGUCCCACAGGCGACACAACGUCGACAGCGGAUACAGCACCAGCGACGGCGUCGACAAACGCUGGUCCCAAGAAAUCCACAGCGUGGUACACGACGGCGAGAUUCGAGGGCUGUGGCGGCAAGAAUGUUCGCCGCUUUCGAUCACUCUGCCGCACGAGGUGGCCGUGAACGGAUCAUGCAGCGGAACAUCGACACCUAGCACCAUCUCGCCCGGCGAGCACACGUCUCUCGAGGAUGAGCUUGGCAAGGCGAUGAUACUACACGAUCAACUGGAGAAGAGGAGACUAGAGAGAAGCACCUCUGAGAAUGGGGCCGACGUCAGAAGACCGAUGACCUCUGGUCUCUAUCACGCGUCAAUAACGCCGCCAGGUCCCCUUGAAACCUCUCACUUGAACCAAACCCAACCAGUAUCGACGAACACCCAGUCCGUUCAACCCUUGCAAAACUCGACCGCGAACUCUGCCACAUCUUUGCUGAACGGAGACGAGAAGAGGCCCCUCAAUCACAUCCAAACGUACAGAGAGUACAAAGAGGCGUUGAGACAACAACGGGCCAGCGAAGGACCGAGCGUGUACAGGCCACGAGAACAGAUCACACCGCCGGGCAACGAAUCGCAAAGCAACGAGACGGAUUCGGGCAACAACAAGGAGGCCAUUGCUAUGACUGGUAAACAGAUAUUUAACGAGGAGAACGCUACCAAAAGACCAGUCCAGAAGGUGACACCGUCGCGGAUCAAUUACCAAAACACACCGAUCAUCAACGGUAGCAAUAACGAGUACAACAAUAAGAACGGGAAAUAUCUGGAGCAACCGUACAAGAAGCCUAACUCGCCAAUCAAAACCUCGACGAGCAUUCUGUCCUCGGGCACCAGUCCUGCACACACUCCUAGACUAGUCAAAACUGCCGUUGGUUACGUGGAAGGUAACAAGAGUCCGAGCAGAAACGGCGGAAGUCCGAAAUCUCCCCGAUCGGUCACGUGGAACAGCAACGUUCCAGAAAAGUAUUCGUUCACUAUGAGAAGGGAAUUCGAGCGUGCCAAGGAGGAGGCUGACUUGAUCGAGCAGCUCCGAAACCACAUAGAAACAAGACUGAAGAUGGCUUUGCCGGAAGAUCUUGCCCCGGCGUUAACGGACGGUGUUGUUCUCUGUCAUUUGGCGAACCACGUGAGACCACGAUCGGUUGCCAGUAUUCACGUUCCUUCGCCGGCAGUUCCCAAACUGACAAUGGCGAGAUGCAGGCGAAACGUCGAUAACUUUCUCGAGGCGUGUCGGAAAAUAGGCGUCGAUGAGGAGGUGUUAAUGGACGCGGACGCAAUCAUGGACGUGGGUUACAUGGACGCGUACGGGCUGGAUGCUCUGGCGCGUCUCGUCUCCGCUCUUCUCCUUCUCCGCGACGAAGGGAAGAACGAUACCGAAGAGCCGGCCGCAGGUUCAUCCCGUACUAUUCAGGAUCGCGUUCUGUCCGCGAUGCUUUUCGCCACAUUCCUAUCCACCCUCGUUCUGCUCUAUAUAUUCCCGGUUCCCGAAUAA